UUUCUCUUUCUUUUUAUGCUCUCUCACUCACACUGAGUGCCAUGCCUCAUUUGGCACUUGCUGCCAAGAAAUGAAGACACCUGUAGGACAUUCGCCCUGACAAGACGGAGGCUACGGAAACCAGGUCUUUGGCUUUCUUGCUUUAACAUCUUAGCUGCAAACAUCUCAUUACGUUGGAUCCAAAGAUGAGAGUGUCAGGUAUAAUACGCAUCAUUGUCUUGCUGUUCACCUUAGUCACGACCUGGCUUUUUGCCAAUGCUUAUUUCAGCCACACAUCUGUGAAAUCUAUCAACCUGAGGAGCUGGUUAGGUGCUGCCGGAUUUAAGCCAACAAAAGCGUCAGUCCUGCGACAUAAAUGCAACAAUAAAAGAGAUUGCCCCAGCCACACCUUUGCCUUCAAGUUAAUCAGUGGUGCAGCCAAUGUGGUGGGACCUUCAAUGUGCUUUGAGAACACAAUGUUGAUGAGUGCUGUGAAAAAUAACAUUGGUCGAGGUUUAAACAUUGCACUUGUCAAUGGAACUACUGGACAUCUCAUCAAGACAAGUGCCUUUGACAUGUAUUCUGGAGAGGUUAAGGAUUUAUUGGAUUUUCUGAAAACUAUUGGCACAGGGACUCUAGUGCUAAUCGCCUCCUAUGAUGAUCCAGCCACAAAGAUGAAUGAUGAAGCAAGAAAGAUGCUUACGGAACUAGGGAGCAGCUAUGCUUUUAAGCUGAGCUUUCGAGACAACUGGAUAUUCCUUGGUGGGAAAGGACUGAAAAACAAAAGCCCAUUUGAGCAGUACUUGAAAAAUGAUAAAGAGACAAACAAAUAUGAUGGCUGGCCUGAAGUUCUCGAAAUGGAGGGCUGUGUACCGAAGAAGCUGAACUAGCAAGGUGCUCAAUUCAGAUCAACUGUUACCUAUGGUCACCACUAACGGACUUUUUCACUAUACCUGGGUCUCUGCUGGGAAACAACAAGCAAUGCCAUUACCUGCAACUAGUUAAGGAGAGUGAGAAGAGGGUGCAACAAAAGUUACAUUCAAAAGUAGCAUGAGUCAGCAUGAAGUUGCUUUAAUGGUGUGGCAAGUAACUGUUUCUAGUUACCUCCAGGAGUUACUUUUUAAGCACAUUUUGAAAGGUUUAUUUAAAAAAGUUUUGUGGGUUUUUCAUUACAGUCAGGAUUGUGGGCUCAGAGCCCUACUAUGUGUUGAAUGCCUUUUUCUUUUUCUUUUUUUCUUUUUCUCUCCCCCUCCCCCAAUUU